AUGGCAGAAGUACUGGCAGUCGCCGUUGCUAGUGGAGAUAAUCAGCCUUCCGCAACUUCGGAACAGCGAGUAUGGGAUAAUAUUCACAGACAUGAGUUUCGUGUGGUUGUCUUAUGUUUGGAGAAGAACCCAGAGGCUGAGCAGGCCACAGCCGAAGAAGUGGCUCUAUGCCAUAACUUGGGCGAAAUUGCCGAAAGUGAAAUCCCCGAAAACGAGUGCAACAAGACCUGGGCCCGCCGGAAGCUUGUUUUCAUGUACUGGGUGUUUUGUGGGACGAAAAAUGCAUGGGAGUGGGAUGUUGAAAAGAUACGUGAGGAGCGCCGGAGAGACCAGGAGCUUUAUAGGUUUUCGGAUUCGGGUGAGCUGAGCCCCAAGUCACGAGGAGCGUAA